GUGCCCGCGGUCGGGCUGCAGCGGGAGCCGCGCCGCCCAUGGGCGCUGUGGCGACCCCGAACGCGGAUCCGUCCCCCGCCAGCCACGACACCGAGCCUGGCGCCGCGGCCGCGCCCGACAGCCCUCGCCCGCCCUCCAGCCUCUGCAGCAGCCCCGGCUCGCUCCUGCCCGACAGCCUCCAAGCCUUUCCCGGCCUCGACUCGCCCAGCAUCCAGUGUGACAGCCUGGAGUGUCCCCCCUGCUCGUGCUGCUGCCGCUGCCGGGAGCAGGGCUCGGCCGCGGCCAGCGAGGACAGCCUGCAGGCCGCUCUGGCCCGCGGCUCCGGCACACGGUGCUUGGGCGGGCACCGCGCCUCCUGCGACUUCUCCGACAGCCUGGAGUCCUUCAUCCGGCACGACAGCCUCCAGUCGCUCUCCAGCCUGGGUGUGAGCUCCUCCAGUAUCAGCGGUGAUAGCCUUGAAUCCCUUUCCAGCCUGAGCCUGGGGGCCCCCAGCCAGCACAGCGAUCUCGAGAUCGGGGAGUGAGUCUGCCUCGGCUUCCCGCACAACGCCCGGCUGCUGGCUCUCUGCCAGUGCCACGCUGCUGCCCUUCGUUCGAAGGUGAUACUGUUCCAGGUGAUCCUUGCUGUAUCCAGUGCAAUAACCUCAGACCUUACUGUGGCUGCCAUUCCCAAAUAAAGUGCUUCAGAGGGGCAGUGCCCAUUAUUACCUGCAGUGUUACUGCUGAUUUUUUGUCACCAGCUGAGAAUGGAAGUGCGUGCUCCUCAGAGGAAUCCCAGCUACCUGUCAGAUCUCUAUGAGAACAUGUUAAGGGCACAAGGAGCAGUGGCACAAAAGCAGCAGCAGCCCCCAGCAGUCCAUACAAGUAGCAGCAAGACUUUUCGGAGCAGUGCCCCAGCCAAGGAGAGCCCCCAGGCAAAAAAUCAUGCGAGCAGCACCUCCUCCAGCUGUGACCCAGCCCUGCGGCCCAUCAUGCGUCGUCGAGCGAGGUCCCUGCCGACAUCACCCGAGAGGAGGAAGAAAGCAGCACUGCAGUGUCAGGAGCCCGGCUGCCAGAACCGCAUGAACCGCGUCAGGUUUGCUGAUGCUUUAGGCUUGGAGCUCACUGAAGUGAAAGUCUUCCAGACUGGGGAGGAUCCAUCCAUCCCUUUGCACGUCCUUUCCAGGCUGUCCAUAAACUCAGAUCUCUGGUACAGCAACUUGAGCUUGGAGUUUACUAUGCAGUGCUUGGUCCCUGACUUCCAGCAGCCUGCAGACUGUCUGGAUUUCUCAUCCCGACUGCAGGAGCAGCAGGUGUGUCUGGAACGGGUGACCAGCUCAGAUCUGGGGCUCAGUGGCACCAUCCAGGUUCGGAAUGUUGCUUUUGAGAAGCAGGUGUCCGUGCGCUACACCUUCAACCAGUGGGAAAGCAUCCACGAGGUGUGUGCUCGUUGGAACUGCAGCAUCCCAGAGGAAAACGGGCAGGAUCAGGUCGAUGUGUUCACUUUCUUUCUUCCUGUGCCUCCUUUCCUCCUCCAGCUGAGCACUCUGGUCCAGUUUGCAGCAAGGUACCAAGUCAACGGCCAGGAGUACUGGGAUAACAACAGAGGCAAGAAUUACACCCUCAGGUGCCGGACUCACCCCCUGAAGCUGCCCAGGGAGUGUGAGGAGAGCUGGAUCCACUUCAUCUGAACAGAGGGAGUGGUGCUGAGCAGUGGUCUGGUGGCACUCUGUCCCUUGGCAUGGCACUCUGCUCCUAUGGCAACAGUCUUCUUUUUGAAACCUGCCAAACCUGGCCAAGUGUGCCAGGGCUGGGAGGCAGCCAGUGGCCUGUACAAACUGCCCUAAACCUCUGGGAAAGUUAAAAGGGCCAGAAUCUGUCGUGAGAUACCAUCACAGAAAAGCCAUGUGGGUUUUUUGAGUUGCAUGAGUCAUUGCAGAAUGGUUCCCAGGAAUGCUGUGAGGCUACCAGAGAGCAAAACAACACAUUUCUUGUUGCUAGUCAUACUCUUGGUUGCAUAGAAUGUUUCAAACUUAUCUCUCUUACCAUUUUCUACAGUUUGUUUUCUAAGUGGACAGUGUGGCUUAACUGGUUUUGUUUCUAAUUUUGUUUAUAUUACUUCACCAAGUCAGGGCACUAUUCCAUUUAUGCAUAAUUUGGAUGACAGACGCUGUAGGGAGUACUUGUAUUUUUAUAUAUGUAUAUGUUACUAAGGCUGUAACCAUGUUAAGUGUUCCCAUUAAUAUCUGAGUUGGAAAUUCAAUGCUACUAUGAGCAAAACAUACAUGAAAAUGUGCCAUCAGCCCCUCUGUUUCCCUUGGGAAAAAAACAAAAGGUGCCUUUUCCUGUCUCCUCCUUGCAGCAGGAGUGAUUGUUACCAAAGUGUGUGUAAGGCAGAUCCGCCUGGGGAAAUUCUCACCUUUGUCAAGUGAUGCCCAAGUAGGUUUUUCUCAAGGUGUGGUACAGGAAUUGUGUUUUUUUCUGGUGCACCUGCUUUUACUAAGGGAAACAAGACUAAUAUUGGACUUGUGUUGCAAAUGCAGUUUAAGGUCUCAAAGCACUGCAUGAAUGCUCAUGAUUUUAUCACUGUUCCUGGUAAAAUAAUAGCUCAAGAAAUGGAUAUGAUAUAACUAAGUAUAUAUAAGGAAAAGAAAUAGUACAGGGAGCAGGGUACAGAGGCUUCGAAUAGCAUUCCAGAACCCUGAAUCACAGUUGUUCCCCAGUGUUCCAGAACUACUGCAGAAGUAGCUUUGAUUACUUUAUUUAUCUGCUUGCCAUUAUAAAACAGUUGAACUCCCAAGACUGCAGCCUUGCAACACAAGCAGAAACUGGAAAACACUGAAUUACACAGACCCAUAAAUAGCAUCCCUUCUGCUGCAGGGAGAGCUCAGGAACACUGUUAGACCACCUUCCUCUGCUUCUUGUUUCACUAUUUUUGUUCUGUGGUUUUAGUGUGGUUUAAGAUUUGCAACAGGCUUAAAUUUAUAAAGUAAAAGUUUGUCCAUAAUUGUUCCCAUACGUAAUCAUUACUGCAUGGAAAGUUUAGCUUUAUGUGUGUAACAUAGACUUUCAGAGCUGGCUGGCUGGAGAUAUUAGAAGAGCUGUGUUUUAGGACUAUGCUGUGAAAAUCAGGCCACUUACUUGUGCAUCUUAUUUUGGAUUGGUGCUUAUUUAUCAAAAUCACAAGUUGUUUGUAAAGUCACAGUUGUAAGCAACCCUUGGCCAGUUAUGUAUUAGUCUGAGAAGUCCACUGAGUAAUUCUGGAAGUGCAGAAACCCCAAGAAAAUUAAUUUGUCUGGCAACUUAAUGCUGCUUCUUUGUCGUGAUACCCAUUUAGCAAAGCUGGGGAAGCUGCCUCAUUCCAUUGGUCUUUGCCUUUCAGAGGAACCAGAGUCAGGAAUGAGGAUUCUGUGAACUGCUGAGCACCUUUUGCAGAGUACUCAGAAAGCUCAGUCCUAUCUGAACAUGCACAGAAGUACUUGUGCUGAAUAAAAAGCACUGUUUUCAAGCAUUAUUCCCCCCCUAUUUUUCCUUCUCACAUUACUGUUGUUCUUCCACCAGCAGACCCAGCACACCAUAAAAACCUCUCUAUUACCAGACACCAGUUCACAGUGGGUGUCUCUGGAGCUCAGAGCAAUACUUGCUUUCGUGCCAGAAGGAUGUUUCUGUCUUCUGGGACAGACUGUCAUGUGCUAGCAAAUGUCAGAGCUGAGUGUUCCCUUGGCCAGGUCAGGUUUUGUAAAGCUGAGGCUGUCACAAGAAGGGUUCAUGCCAGAUGUAGCACACUGUGAGAGGGGUGGAGAAAUGAAUGUCUCAGCAGUCUCAGCUGCGCUUCUAUUGUCUUCCUUCCACAACCUCUCAGGGUUUUGGCAUGUGCAAGGUCUUGAAUACUAAAUACUGAAGCAUUAUUCCAAAUUUCCUUUUGCUCUGUGCUGGCCUGCACUGCUGGGGAAGGGCUGACAGUGCAGUUCUGGCACUGCUGGCUCAGUGGAGCAGUGGAGCAGAGAGCCACCUCCGGGUUAAGCUGCUAAAUCUUCACACCAGCACUGACACCUGUCACAGCAGAGCUGAUAUUUGCACUUAGGUUUUAUUGCCACACUCAGUAGUGAACAUGAAAUGGCUUCUGGUUGACAAAAAUGGGAUUAAGCCAUUUAGUGCUAAUAUGCACCUGUUGUGAAGGUAAACUUACACCACAUUUGUAUCUUCUCAGGACAACUUGACUGCUUGCACUGUGUUCAAACUGAGCACUUCCCUUAUAAUGAGGAUUUUGUAAAAGUGAAUUCUUCACAAAGAUUAUCACCAUAUAAUGCACUUUUAAAAACAUGUAUUUAUUAUUGUCAUACAGUAAAUGAAUGUCUAAUAGUCCACAGUUUCAAGGUUCUUUCAAGCAUGUUUUUUAAAGAAACAUGAAAUCCAUGUAAAUAAAAAGGGGUUGUACAUUACACAGUAUAUCAAUGAAGCACAUAUGCUGGACAAAAGGUCCAGAAGUUGUACAAUUGCAAAGUGCUUAAUUAAUUUUAAAAAGCAAUAAUAAAACUAUGCCUAUUGUAAUACAGAAGAUUGAAAUAAAAGCUUUUCACAAUU